UUUAUGUUCUGAUUCUCUUCACUGAUCAACGUAGUGGCCUUGAAAUUAUCGGCAUCCUCAAACACAUGAUUAUUUGAGGUUAUGACUGAGAGUUUAUUUAAAAAUAUUAAUUUAAAAAAUGUUAUAUAAAAUAGGCUCCAAAAAUUUCUUAAAAAAAUGUGUACAACACCAAAAUUUUCAAAUUUACAAAUACUUAAGUGGGGUUAAUUUAUGGGAUAAAGAAUUAACUUCAGAGAUAAAACAUAAAAUCGAGAACCAUUGGAAAGACAAAAUUAAAACUGAACAGUACAAUGAACAAGACACAACAAAACAAAAAUAUUAUGUUCUGUCCAUGUUUCCUUAUCCAUCGGGAAGUUUACACAUGGGUCAUGUACGAGUUUAUACAAUUAGCGAUGCUGUUGCACGAUUUCAACGUAUGAACGGUAAAAAUGUUAUACAUCCUGUUGGGUGGGAUGCCUUUGGCCUUCCAGCAGAAAAUGCUGCAAUUGACAGACAAAUAUCCCCACAUGAUUGGACCAAGCAGAACAUAUCCAACAUGAAAGCUCAACUUCAAAGACUUGGAUGCAGCUUCGAAUGGCACAGGGAGUUAGCAACUUGUGAACCAGAAUAUUACCACUGGACUCAAGAUUUAUUUUUAAAAUUGUAUGAGUCUGGGUUGGCUUACCAAAAGGAGGCUCUGGUUAAUUGGGACCCUGUGGACAAAACUGUUCUGGCACAUGAACAGGUAGAUGAAAAUGGAUGUUCCUGGAGGUCUGGGGCAAAGGUUGAAAAGAAAUUAUUGAAGCAGUGGUUCAUCCGGACAACAAAGUAUGCCAAAGAUUUACUAGAUGGUUUGGAUGAUUCAGUUCUGCAAGACUGGCGGGACAUUAUAAAGCUACAGCAGCAUUGGAUUGGUGAAUGUGAUGGUGUAAACUUCGAUUUCAAAAUUAAAAAUAAGCCCACAGAGUUUGUUAGCUUGUGGAGCUCAAAUCCUGAACACAUUGAGAACGUUAAAUUUGUGACCGUCACUGCAGAUAAUAUUUUGGCGAGACAGGAAGGUAUUACAGGUUCAAGUGGGACUCAGAAACUGCAGGAAACUUUAAUAAACCCCUUCAACAAUCAAGAAGUACCAAUUUUCGUCACGAACGAAAUUGAAUUUUUACCCUUUACCGACACCUUUGUGGGAAUCCCCGGAAUAAACGAAGAGGCUGCGAAUUUUGCCAACAACCACAACGUAAAUUUUGAAACAUUACAACAGUAUUCACAAGAACAAGCCGCCAAAAUAACACAGGAAAUUUGUGACAAAGCCAGAGAUUUAAAUGUUGGUGGCUACUGGACCAGUGCUAAACUAAGAGACUGGCUAAUUUCCAGACAGAGAUACUGGGGCACACCAAUUCCCAUAAUACACUGCGAAAAUUGUGGGACUCAACCGGUGCCACGGGAAGACUUACCUGUGGUACUACCCAAGUUGUCGAAACUUAGUCAAAAAGGUGCUUCACAACUGGCUGAAAUUGAUAAUUGGGUCAAUUGCGAGUGCCCCAAAUGUAAAGGGAAAGCUCGAAGGGAAACAGAUACCAUGGACACCUUUGUGGACAGUUCUUGGUACUAUUUAAGGUAUUUAGAUCCGGAUAAUAAAAUGAAAGCAUUCGACGAGGAAAAGGCUAAGAAAAUGUUGCCAGUUGAUUUAUACAUAGGCGGAAAGGAACAUGCUGUAUUACAUAUGUAUUAUGCCAGGUUUAUGAGUCAUUUCCUGCAUUCCUUGGGCUUGGUGCCUGAAAGGGAGCCAUUUAAACGACUGUUAGUGCAAGGGAUGGUAAUGGGACGUAGUUACAGGAAAAAGGGCACUGGAGAGUACCUGCCAGAAAGCAAAGUUAAAAUUAUAGAUUUGAAGAAAAACAAAGCUGAGACUCUGGACACAAAAGAACCAGUUGUAGUAACUUGGGAAAAAAUGAGCAAAUCUAAAUUCAAUGGAGUGGAUCCAGAAGACAUGUUUAGAGAAUAUGGUACAGACACCACAAGACUCCUCAUUUUGGCUGAUGUGGCUCCCACUUCACACAGAAAUUGGAACAGCAACACUUUUCCUGGGAUUUUAAAUUGGCAGAGGCGUCUGUGGCUUACCAUGCAACAAUUCCUUCAACACAGGAGUAAUUUGCCACCAAUGAUUGAAGAAGACAAGUUCAAAUCACAAGAUGAUUAUUUGUUUGACUCCAGAAAUUAUUAUAUUAAAGGUACUUCGUUUAAUUAUGUGAUAUCGCAGCAAAUGAGUGUAGCUGUUUCAAAACAACAGGGUCUCACCAAUAGUUUAAGGAAAGCUUCACCAGCGGUGGUAGCCCACAGUUUGCAAUACGAAAGAGCCCUGGCGGCCCAAAUCAUUUUGCUUGCGCCUAUGGCUCCGCAUUUCGCGUCUGAGCUGUGGUCCGGUUUUGUUUCGGCACCAAACCGACUGGACAAGUCCCAGGAAGUGUUCUGGGACAAGACGGUGUUGGAGCAAAACUGGCCUGAGACUGACAUGGAUUACAAGUUGGAAUUGGUUUGUCAGGUCAAUGGGCAUGAAAAUUGUAAAAUAAAAAUCCCCAGGAAGGAUUUGGAGGUGUUACCUCAUGAAGAGGCUGUUAGGCUUGCACUGGAGAGGGAAGAGGUUGCCAAUGUUUUAGCCAAAAGAACUGUAAUAGACACCCAAUAUAAACAAUAUACUGGAAACGACAGCAUCAUAAAUAUUAUAGCUUUAACUGAAAGAGAAAGGCAACAAAAAAUGGCUAGUUCAUAAGUGUUUUUGUUCAUUAAUUGUUGAGUUUUAAUAAAUUAUUUUGUAUUGUG